AUCAAAUUUACAUUCCUGAAUAGAAAAAACCCUAUUUACAGAGUAGAACCCUAAUUGGAAUUUCAACAUGGCGGUGCUGAGCUCGAGAAAAAUCUUGCAAGAGAAGAAUGCGAACGAUCCUAGCUCCAUUACGUCUCUUACUCUAACGCAUAGAGCGCUUUCUGAUGUUUCAUGCUUGAGUGAGUUCACGAAUUUGGAAAGGCUGGACCUGAGUUUCAAUAGUUUAACUUCACUCGAGGGCUUGAAGUCAUGUGUGAAUUUGAAGUGGUUAUCAGUUGUGCAGAACAAGCUUCAGAGCUUGAGAGGCAUUGAAGGCCUCACUAAACUCACCGUAUUAAAUGCUGGAAAAAACAAGCUUAAAUCAAUGGAUGAGGUCAAAUCACUUUCAAGUUUGCGAGCUUUGAUUUUGAACGAAAAUGAGAUCAGUUCAGUUUGUAAGCUCGAUCAGAUGAAAGAGCUAAAUACCCUAGUUCUUUCCAGGAAUCCAAUCAGGUCACUUGGUGAAUCUUUUAUCCAAGUCAAAUCAAUUACCAAACUUUCUCUGUCUAAUUGCCAGUUGCAAUCUAUUGAUUCGUCCUUGAAGUCCUGCACACAGUUGAAAGAACUUCGCCUUGCUCACAAUGAAAUUAAGACUAUAUCUAGUGAGAUUGGCCAUCUUGUGAAACUUCAGAAUCUAGACUUGGGAAACAAUUCUAUCACCAGCUGGUCCAGUCUGAAGGUGCUCACCUCCUUGAUUAAUUUACGAAAUUUCAAUCUAAAAGGAAAUCCUGUUGCUGAAAAGGAAAAUGUACUGAAAAAAGUCAAAAAGCUUUUACCAAAUCUACACAUUUUUAAUGCUAAACCGAUCAACAAAAUCAGUGCAAAAGAAGUUCCAGAAAAAGAUGAUGAGUUCUCCCUUGAUACCUCUGAUAAACUGGCACUUAAAAGUGACAUGGAAAUGGAUCCCCCAUUCAGAAUUAAGAGCUCAGAAGAAACUCAUCGACUUGAUGAAAGUACAGAUAACCGUAUUACCAAUGUUGUAGAUAUGAGGAAGCGGAAAAAAUCCCUGGAUGAGUGGACUGCCAAUUCUGCUGUGGAUGCCUAUGUAACUGAGAAGAGAUUGAAGAAAAAGAUGAAGUUGCAACAGAACAAGGGCGGGGUCACGAAUGAUGCAGAAACUCUAAAUGCCAAUCUUAAGGAAGAAAUGAAAUCAAAGCAAAAAAAACAGAAGGAGCAUGGCAGUAUAAAAACAUUGGGCAGUGUUGUAACAGACGAUAAACCUGGUAAGAAAUCAGGAAAGGAUUUCAAAGGAGAUGAAGCAAUUGACAGUGCGGAAAUUCCAUUUACAGAUCUUUUUAAAGCCGGAGUUUCCAUGGAGGUUUCUGAUCAAGUAUCAGAACAUAAAAUCAAGGGAAACAUUGAUGCAAUCAGUGGACUGGUAACUCAUCCGAAGAAGAAGAAGAAAACCAAGAGCCGGGCUAUUAAUCCUGCCUCUCUUGAACAGCCCCUGGCUGAUGAAAUUGGAUUGGGUGGCCCAUCAGCAUGGGAUGAUGCGUAGGUCAUGGAAAUUUCAUCAGGAAUGCUCAUCCAGCUUGAUGCUUUUGAUGAAAGUUUGGCUACUUCUCAACAAUGAGCUAGCAUUUUAUGGUAGUUUCGACAUUGGAAUCAUUUUGCCCUAGGCUCAAAAUGUGUGUUUCAUUAUUAAGAUACAAGGGCUCGUAAACCAGAUGUUUGUAUGGUUUAGGGUUUAGGGUUUAGGGGGUUAUGCCGGCACUCCAUACAUUGUGCUCAUGGCAGGGCGGGCAUACCCCUCGAGGAUCGAUAUCCCAAGGGGGGCAGGUUAGUUGUUUCUUACCCCACCAAAGUUGCUCUUGCUCGUGUUUGUUUGUGAUCGUAAUCUCUCUCUUGAUUGUAUACUGUGAAAUUUGUGAUUUUGGGCUCAAUUCUUUCCAGAUUUCUAUUAUAUAUGAACACACUUGGAUUACAUAAAAUU